UCAGUCCGAUCGAGAAUGUUGCGUCUCUGGUUUCUUCUAUUGCUGCUUGGCGUAGGUGCGGCUAACAGACAACGGAGGCAUGGAAAAGACAGGCCUGAUCCCGAGGAGGUGACUAAUUACAGCAGCAUCAAAGUUAAACACUAUGGGAAAUUUCUCGACGACUGCACAAUGGCCAAGAAUGAUGGCCUCUAUACCACUUUCUUUAAGGGCCAAAAAAAAAAUUCAACAGUGCGGUGCGUGGCCAGCUUCUUUGGAGGUGGCUGGACGAUGAUCCAACGCCGGAGGGAGAACAUUGUGGACUUUCGAAGGAAUUGGGCUGACUAUCAGAACGGUUUCGGGGACCUAAAAAACGAGUUCUGGUACGGAUUGGAAAAGAUCUAUCGCAUCGCAAUGUCGGAGCCCACGGAAAUUUUUUUUCUAAUGCAAAACACGGAGGGGACUCGAGCCUAUGCUAUGUACGAUCGCUUUGCCAUUUUCGGCCUGAGUAAGAACUACACUAUCCGCACCUUGGGAGAGUACAAGGGCGAGGCGGGUAACGGAAUGCAGUACCACCUGAACAUGCCCUUCUCCACCUACGAUCGAAAGAACAACGGCCCAGGCCAAGAUAGCUGUUCGAAGCUCUUUUGGGGCGGUUGGUGGUACAACAACUGCUAUACCAGCAACCUAAACGGCAAGUAUCCCGCGAAAAAGGAGAUGCAUACCAAAUGCUAUCGAUGCAUUGCUUGGACCUACUUUCAACAAUACCGACCCAUUACAUUUGUACAAAUAAUGAUGCGUCCCAUUCGUGUAAGGACCUGAUGUAUGGUUUGGAAGAACCACCCUAACAUUUAUUAUGCCUAAAAAGCCUACAACGAUUAAAAGACUACAAGAUUUAUUAA